UUUGAAAAGAAAUCUUCACUCCACAAGAUGGUUCAUCAGACGCGCACCCCGAGCAAGGCCAUCCCAGCCAAGCACCUGAGUCCCAUGCGCAAUGUGGACACUCUGGGCGGAAAGUAUGCCAUUUCCAGCAGUCCGGCGGACAGCUUCCUGCGGCACAACAACAACAACAGCAGCAGCAGCAGGUUGACUGUCCACCAGACUUCGGCGGCAGCCUUCAAGUACAACAAUUUGGUCAACAAUAAUCGGGAGCAGUUCAACGCCCUGCACUUUUGCUGACGGAUGCGGAGAGAGACUAAACCCCAGCCCCAACAGCAGCAACCAAGUUCGCUGUUGGUCGGUUGGUUGGGUUCCCCUUAAUCAUUUGUUAUAAAUAAUGCAAUAAAUUUAUACAAAUUGUGUGCACAAA